AUGGCUGAUGCGCUCGAGCCAAACGGCCAAGCUCCGGGAGCCAACUUGUCCAGCCUUCAGCAUCCCGCCGGGAACUUGAAUCUUUCUUUGCCGUCUCGUUGGCCUUUGCCCGGGCAGUCUGCGCAGACCAUCGGGGCGGGUGCGAUCAUGCUGCUGGCGUUGGUGGGCAACUGCUUGUUGCUGUACCGACUCCGCUGCGGAGGGUGCUGCUGCGGAGGUCGGUUCAGGAGGCGGCGGAAGAUGGAUUUCCUCCUGGCGCACUUGGCCAUCGCCGAUCUCUACGGCUGCGGGCUAACGUUGCUCUCCCAGCUGCCUCCAGCAGAGGACGGGCGCGUUGCAGAGCCGGGAGACGCGGGGUGGCCGGCCGGAGACGCCACCUGCCGCUUGCUCCGCUUCCUGCAAGGCUCGGGGCUGCUGGCGCCGUCGCACAUGCUAGUUCUUAUCGCGUUGGAACGACAGCGCUUAGCCAAGGGCCCUCUGCCUCCGCAGGAAUCGCUGCCGCCUUUCGUGCUCGCCCGGAGCGCCCUGGCCGCGCUGGGCUGGCUCUUGGCGUUGUUACUCGCCCUGCCUCAACUCUUCGUUUACAGACUGGUGCCUUCGCAAGCCGGAGGCCGCUGCCUCAGCAUCUUCCCUCAGCUGCCCCGAUGGCACGGACAGGUUUACGCCGUGUACGAAGCCAUCACGGGCUUCGUAGCUCCCGCCUGCCUCUUGGGCAGGACGUGCAGCCGCAUCGUCGCCACCCUCGACGCUUCUGGCGCCGAGGAGGAAGAGCCAUCGCAGGAGCGCUCGCCGUCGGCGCCCCGGAGCCUGCCCCGCGCCCGAGUGAGGGCGCUGCAGCUGACUUUGGCGCUCGCCGUGCUCUUUGCGCUCUGCGGUUUCCCGCGCUUUAUUUUGGAGUUGGGCUUUGCUUUUGCCUCUCCCGAGGCCGCCACCCACGAAGCCCGGACGACCCUGAGCAACAUGAUGGCAGCCACCAACAGCGCCGUCAACCCCUACGUGUGCCUCUUGUUCCACAGCUACCGGCCCUGGGCGCGGCGGCUCCAGCGCAGCCUCUGCCGUUGCCCCGAUGGACAACCCAGACGGCAAGCUCGCCACCGGCAGCGACUGUCGCCACAGGCGGCCGCGGAUCGCGCUGAACUUUGGCUCUGCCCUUGCCAAACUAAGACGCCUGCCAUUGCAACAGCCGUCCAGCUAGAGAAGGAGGAAAGCCGGGCUGUUGGCGAGAGCGGAUUCUAAGAUCCAGGGCCAACUUUGAAGAAGGCUGCAUUUGCCCUUAAGAGUCCACAGAAAGCAGGUUAAGGAAAGGAGAAGGGACCUUUUGGACAAUUAGGAUGGCUUUAAGUUUGUUUGGGCUUUUGACACCAUGUAUUCUACUCACUUAAGAGUAAACUAAAAGAUUCCAGGGUGCUUGUUUGCCUGCAAGCUAUGUGUUCAAAGGCUUUACCCUGGAAAAAAUAAAGGAAGAGCCC